AUGGCUCACUUGCCGACUUCGACUCCCCAACUGGCUGGCGGUGGCGGUCCCAUGCUCGUGGACAACACUCCCCAACUUGAACAUCGCAUCCUCUGGAAGUCGAUCGUGCCUCGGUCGGCCAUCGAACGGCUCGAGAAGAGGGUUGGUCCUGACAGAGACAUUUGUAUCAUAACGGGGGAGACCACUAAAUAUGUUAUCACAGUCGCUCACAUUAUUGAGAGAGAGAGGAAUGCGCGCAGUCGGAACGCAUUGAUCGAAUUCAUCCUCGGCAUGAAACCUCACACUUUCAACGCCGACUCUUCGCGCAAUAUCUUGUAUCUGCGUAUUGAUCUCCAUCAAUCUUUCGACAACUACGGAUGGGCGUUGGUACCCCCGCAACAUAUUUUGGAUGCUGUCCACGAAUACUUCUCGAGUGUCCACGACGACUGCCUUAAUGGUACCCUGAAUGCCAGAGAUAUCAGUAUCACUAAUUGGCUGGAGCAUGAUUGGCACGCAGAAAGGCAGCUCUUCCACGUCGUCCCACUGAAGUCGUGGCCCCUGAAGACCGCUGUGUGUCAAAAUACUUCUGAUAAUCCCAACUGGGGUUUAGGUAACGCGGGCGUGACUGUGGAGUCUUGGAUUCAUCCUCUAGCUGCAAUCUGGAACGCGGGACAAAAGGUACUGGCCUUGGCGACACGAGACUUUACCAUCUAUAACGUUCCUCAACAUUUCCGAUCCCUCCUUCUCACCUGCCGUGGUAUUAUGGAGAUAUGGACUCAGCUCAAUAAAUACAUCCCCAAGGCUUAUCUCGAGAGGCCGGUCAAGGCAAACGAGACGAACAAUAGCGCGAAAGAUAAGGCCAGAUUGACGAGGACGUCAAAGCGGGCUGCUGGUUCUCCGACUCCGAAUUCUACUUUUGACGAAUCGAAGAGCUUGAUGGACCCGCACUUAGAUCUCGCCCUAGAUGGUUCUCGCGCCUCAGGCCAAUCUCAAAAGAGGCGAAGGAUUGCGAAGGACGCCACUGAGGCCGACCAUGGAAAUGCGAGCGCAGGAGGUAGUAGGGCAGGUUCCAGCCGUGCUCGUUAA